CGAGCGGCGAGGCCCCACUCCUGAAAGAACAGUAACUACCCCUGUGGCUCAUCACCAUGCCUUCCGACCUGGCCAAGAAGAAGGCAGCCAAAAAGAAGGAAGCUGCCAAAGCUCGACAGUGUCCCAGAAAAGGACAUGAAGAAAAUGGAGAUGCUGUCACAGAACCUCAGGUGGCAGAGGAGAAGAACGAGGAGGCCAAUGGCAGAGAGACCACAGAAGCGGAUUUGCUGAUCAAGGAGCUGGAAGACUUUGAGAUGAGGAAAGCUGCUGCUCGAGCUGUCACCGGCAUCUUGGCCUCUCACCCCAACAGCACUGACGUCCACAUCAUCAACCUCUCCCUCACCUUUCAUGGUCAAGAGCUGCUCAGCGACACCAAGCUGGAAUUAAACUCCGGCCGGCGCUAUGGCCUCAUUGGCUUAAAUGGAAUUGGAAAGUCCAUGCUGCUCUCUGCUAUUGGGAAGCAUGAGGUGCCCAUCCCCGAGCACAUUGACAUCUACCAUCUGACCCGUGAGAUGGCUCCCAGCGUGAAAACACCCUUGCAGUGCGUGAUGGAGGUGGACACAGAGCGGGCCAUGCUGGAAAGAGAGGCUGAGCGAUUAGCUCAUGAGGAUGCGGAGUGUGGGAAACUCGUGGAACUCUAUGAAUGGCUGGAAGAGCUGGAUGCUGACAAAGCCGAGAUGCGGGCCACGAGGAUCUUACACGGAUUGGGUUUCACACCUGCCAUGCAGCGCAAAAAGCUGAAAGACUUCAGUGGUGGCUGGCGGAUGAGAGUUGCUCUUGCUAGAGCCCUCUUUAUUCAGCCCUUCAUGCUGCUUCUGGACGAGCCUACCAACCACCUGGACCUGGAUGCUUGUGUGUGGCUGGAAGAGGAACUUAAGACUUUCAAGCGCAUUCAGGAUUUCCUGAAUGGGGUCUGUACCAAUAUCAUCCACAUGCACAACAAGAAACUGAAGUAUUACACGGGUAAUUAUGAUCAGUAUGUGAAGACACGGCUGGAGCUGGAAGAGAACCAGAUGAAGAGGUUUCACUGGGAGCAGGACCAGAUAGCACACAUGAAGAACUACAUUGCCAGGUUUGGUCAUGGCAAUGCCAAGCUGGCCCGGCAAGCUCAAAGCAAAGAGAAAACACUACAGAAAAUGAUGGCUUCCGGACUGACAGAAAGGGUUGUGAGUGACAAGACGCUGUCAUUUUAUUUCCCACCGUGUGGUAAGAUCCCACCGCCUGUCAUCAUGGUGCAGAAUGUGAGCUUCAAGUAUACAAAGGAUGGGCCUUGCAUCUACAAUAAUCUAGAAUUUGGCAUUGACCUUGACACACGAGUGGCUCUGGUAGGACUCAAUGGAGCAGGGAAGUCCACGCUGUUGAAGCUGCUAACAGGAGAGCUUCUGCCUACGGAUGGAAUGAUCCGGAAGCAUUCUCAUGUCAAGAUAGGGCGUUACCAUCAGCACUUACGGGAGCAGUUGAACCUGGACCUUUCACCGUUGGAGUACAUGAUGAAGUGCUACCCAGAGAUCAAGGAGAAGGAGGAGAUGAGGAAGAUCAUUGGAAGAUAUGGCCUCACUGGGAAACAGCAGGUGAGCCCGAACCGGAACCUGUCGAAUGGGCAGAAGUGCCGAGUGUGUCUGGCCUGGCUGGCCUGGCAGAACCCUCACAUGCUCUUUCUGGAUGAGCCUACCAACCACCUGGACAUCGAGACCAUCGAUGCGCUGGCAGACGCCAUCAAUGAGUUUGAGGGUGGCAUGAUGCUGGUCAGCCAUGACUUCAGACUCAUCCAGCAGGUUGCACAGGAGAUUUGGGUCUGUGAGAAACAGACAAUCACCAAGUGGCCUGGAGACAUCCUAGCCUACAAGGAGCACCUCAAGUCCAAGCUGGUAGAUGAGAAGCCCCAGCUCACCAAGAGGACCCACAACGUGUGA